AAUCCAUCAUGGCUGUCGGUAAAAACAAGCGCCUCUCAAAGGGAAAGAAAGGUUUGAAGAAGAAGGUUGUCGACCCCUUCACCCGUAAGGACUGGUAUGAUAUCAAGGCUCCUUCCAUGUUUGAUGUCCGUCAAGUCGGUAAGACUUUGGUGAACCGUACUCAAGGUCUCCGCAAUGCCAAUGACUCUUUGAAUGGUCGUGUUGUUGAAGUGUCUCUCGGUGAAUUGUCCAAGGAUGAAUCCCGUGCUUUCCGCAAGAUCCAAUUGAAGGUGGAUGAAGUCCAAGGCAAGAACUUGUUGACUAACUUUUACGGUAUGGAUAUGACCUCUGAUAAGCUUCGUUCCAUGGUCAAGAAAUGGCAAUCCACUAUUGAAGCUUUCGUGGAUAUCAAGACUACCGAUGGCUACCUUAUCCGUUUGUUUGUGAUCGCCUUCACUGCCCGUCGUCGUAACCAAGUCAAGAAGACCACCUAUGCCCAAUCUGCUCAAAUCCGUGCCAUCCGUAAGAAGAUGUUUGAAAUCAUGGCUGAAGAAACCAGUGCUUGUGAUUUGAAGGAAUUGGUUACCAAGGUCACCUCUUCUGCUUCUCAAUCUGCUCAAGAUCAUAUUGCUGCUCGUAUUGAAAAGGCUUCUCAAUCCAUCUACCCUCUUCAAAACACUUACAUCCGUAAGGUCAAGAUUCUCAAGGCUCCUAAAUUCGAUGUCUCUCAACUCUUGGCUCUCCACGGUGGUGCUGCUGCUGCUGCUGAAGAAGUUGGCUCCAAGAUCACCAAAGACUUUGUUGAACCCCCUGUUUUGGAAAGCGUUUAAAAAAAAAAAAAAGAAAUCACUUUGUUAGAUAGCUUCUCUUUAU